CUGUGCGAUCGGCUUUAUCGGCGCCAGGGGAGAAAUCAUCCCUUUGGGAAUUGCCGUUCAGUCCGUCAGUCGCGGUUUUACCUUAUAAUCAGUCGCGGUCGACGGUAGACACGGAAUAGUGAGUUAACCUUGAGCUUAACCGCAGAAUAUAUCUUUCAGGAAUACCACUUGCGACAUAACUUUUGACAUGUUGAGCACUGGGGUAUGCAGACGUUUGUUCAGAAGAUUACCCGUUUCCACAUAAUCACCAACAACGUCCACCAUGGGUGAUCAGAAGCGACAGAGAUCUGAGUCGGUGAUCAAGUUACUGAACCAACGGAAGGAGUCCAAGCUCUGGUAUGAAGAGGCCAAUAGUCAUAUCAAGUCUGGAAACUGGGAGAAAGCUCUUCAUUCUUAUAAUAGGGCAGUUGAGUUGAAUCCCACCGAAAAGAACGCCCUAGUUGCCCGCAGCAAAUGCUACAUCCUUCUGGGUCAACCAAAGAAAGCUUUGGAAGAUGCUGAAUCUGCGCUUCAGAUUGACAAGACCUUCAUCAAGGCUGUCUACCAAAAAGCCGAGGCACUGUACUUCCUGGGCGACUUUGAGUUGGCCCUAAUGUACUACCAUAGAGGGCUUCACGUCAGGCCGGAUCAUGAAGGGUUUAAGUUAGGGGUACAAAAGGCUCAGAAUGCAAUAGAGAAUGCUUUGGGAAAUUUCAGUUCCGGGUUGAGGUCUAAGGGUACCUCUGGUAAAAGUACAGCUAGAGCGACUACAAUUACGACUAAGGAAGAAGAAAAAGUUGAAGGCUCUUGCUCAAAGUCAAGUCACCGUAGCGCGGCAACUGCUUCAACUCGUAAGUCAUCAAAAAACAGGCUGAUCAAAGGACUUGAGGCAGAUAAGGAGUACCUGAGCAACCUAUUAAACAAUCCUGAUAUCAAGUGCAAGUUCAAAGAAAAUAACUCCGAUAUAGAAACUUGUAUCAAAGAGACUGUUGAGUAUUUGAAUGAAAGGCAAGAAUUCUGGAGGCAACAGUUACCUCCAAGUUAAAUACAUAAUGCUCUUAGUAUAUGUACAGUAGGUACCAAAACUAGUUAGUUUAUAUUCUUCGUUUUUCUCAUGUUAGUAAAUAUUAGAAACAAGUUUGUCUAAGCUACACGAGCCCUUUUUCAGCACCUUUAAAAUAUACCCGAACUACUAAAAUGCAUGGUUUUCAUUUGUUCCAAGUUUUUCUAAGAUGGAAACAACGUUACGCAUUGUUUUUUGAUUCGGACUGACAGCGUAUUUUAUUAGUCCAAUAAAUAGUGUUAUUAAUGUUAUUGCUAGAUAUGCUUAAAAAAUAUUAAAAUAUUAGACUUCGUAUAUUGUAUAAGUACCACUAGAAUUAAUUAUUUCAUUUACGCUUCACCUUCAGACUUCCAAAAGCACCGUGAGUAAAUAGUGAAUCAUCUUCUAUAGUCGGGUGACAUAUGCUUGAUGAUGAUAUUAUAAGAUUGUAAUAUUAGUCAUUCUACUGAAUCGAGAUUGUAAUUAUGUAAAUUUUUUUGGUUGAAUUUGUAUAUACAUUAAUAAAAUGUUGUUGACACAGUGAUAAAUCCCACACCCAAUUUCCAUUCCUCACAGAUAUUAACAAAG